AUGGGAACCAUUGCACCUGAUUUUGAGGCUAGAUGCUCAGAAGUUUAUUCUUCUUUCGGUCUUAUUGAGUCAGCUAAAGUUUCCAAAAACCACCCUCGUGUGUUGUCAAUCCUUUCUUUGCUUCUGGAGAGAUCUGUUCAUAAGAACGAAAAGUUACUGGAGACUACGCAAAAGAAAGAUUCGGUGACAAUGUUGAUCACAUCUUCAAGUACUCAAGCUGCAGCUUCCUGCUUUGUUGUUGCUUACAAUGUUCAUUUCACUUCCCUCAAUGUUUACCUCCUUGUAAUUACAAGUUUGAUGGUAGCAGCAAAAUUUAUUGAUGAUGUGUAA